CCGCCCCCCUCCCCCCCCGCCCGGCGCUGAGGUCAUUCCCGCGGGAGAAAGCGGCAUGGCGGCCUGCCGGCGGCUGAGCGCGGCGAGCGCGCGGGAGGUGCUGGGCCCGGCGCAGGGGCUGCUGUUCGAUUGCGACGGGGUGCUGUGGGCCGGCGAGCGGGCGGUGCCCGGCGCGCCCGAGCUGCUGGAGCGGCUGAGCCGCAGCGGGAAGGCCUCGUUCUUCGUCAGCAACAACAGCCGGCGCUCGGUCUCCGAGCUGGAGCGGCGCUUCAGCCGCCUGGGCUUCCGCGGCGUGCGGGCCGAGCAGGUCUUCAGCUCCGCGCUCUGCUCCGCGCUCUACCUGCGCCAGCGCCUGCUGGGCGGCGGGCCCGGCCGGGUCUUCGUGCUGGGCGGGGAGGGGCUGCGCGGGGAGCUGCGGGAGGCCGGGCUGCGCCUGGCCACUGAGGGCGGCCCGGCCGGCGGGAAGGACGAGCCGCCGGUGCGCGCCGUGCUGGUCGGCUACGAUGAUCAGUUCACCUUCGCUAAGCUGACUGAGGCCUGCGGCUACCUGCGCGACCCACAGUGCCUGCUGGUGGCCACCGACCCCGACCCCUGGCACCCGCUCAGCGACGGGCAGCGCACCCCGGGGACAGGGAGUCUCACAGCUGCAGUGGAAACAGCCUCGGGGCGCAAGGCAAUGGUGGUGGGGAAGCCGAACACAUAUAUGUUUGACUGCAUUGUAGAGCGCUUUCGUGUGGACCCUUCCCGCAUCCUCAUGGUGGGCGAUCGGCUGGAGACAGAUAUUCUGUUUGGCAAGAACUGUGGGCUUGCCACGGUCCUGACCCUGACUGGUGUGUCCUGCCUGGAAGAGGCACAGGCCUACAUGGCCAGCGAGAGCCCUGCUGCAAAGGACCUGGUGCCCAACUACUAUGUAGACAGCAUUGCAGACUUGAUACCAGGCCUGGAUGAGUAGAGGGUGGGGUGGAGUGGGGGGUUUCCCAAUCCUAGUCCCAGUCCAGAUCUCCACCCAUUCCCAUUCUUCUCUCCCUUCUUUCUCAAUUCCUGGCUCUACCCAGUCCAGUAUUUAUUCAUUUAUUUUGCGGAAGGGCAAGGUGCGAGUAGUUGUCUUUCUAUCUUUAUCCUGCCAAAAACAAAACUUGCCUGAUAGAACCCUUCCCGUUCAGUUAAACCUGCUACCACUGACUCUAGAGGAGAACUGGAAGCCUUGUGUUGAAAGCAGGGCAGGGGCAUAUACAAGCCAAACCAUUGUCUGUUUGCUCCCCCUCCCCCGUGGGGUGAGGGCAGGCUGUCUUAUUUUUCUUUUUUAUAUAACCAGUGGCGGCCUUUUACUGCUAUGUCCUCCAUUCUCUUUUCUGAGCUGCAGCUCUUGUGCUUCCCAUGGGGUCUGCUGUUUCCAAGCAGAAAUGGGCCAAUGAGCCCCUGCCAGGAGAGUAGUCACUGCUGUUGUCUUAUUCCCUCUCCUGCUUCUACCCCAUGCCAAUGCCAGGAUCCCCCCCACCCAGGCCCCAAAAGGGGUUGGGAGGGCAUCUGGAGCUUGCUUUGACUCUGAGAAUGAUGAACAGAGGAGGCGCGUAGAUCCCCUGCCCUGAAGGGAAGGAUUGUCUCUUGUCCUGAGUUAUCCAGUAUCCCUGAUGCUUCUGCUAUAACACUAACUUAGUUUGGUGUCUUGGAUGGGUGAGGGGAGAGAGACUGUCCUAGUGACUCUGCUGUAAUGACCCAGACCUGCUGUAACUCUUACAGUCCACCUCUGAUGGGAACAACCUCCAAACACCCUUUCCUGUGUGUGGAGGAAAGUGUAGGGAAAAGGCUCUUCCGGCCAGACCAGUGAAAUGUAUCAGUAACGAACUGUGUAGCUUUUGCCUGUGUCUGAUGGGUUGUGAUCCCACUACUAGAGUGGGAAAGGGAUGUGCCCCUACCUCGCUGCUGUUGUGUGGCUGUGUGCGGGAUAGCGUUGGUAUUGUCAGUGCUGUGAACGUGCCACAGCCCCAGAAAUCAUUCCUUGCUGCUUUGUCUUUUUACAAUUUUAUUUAUGAAUUAACUUAUUUAUGGAAGUGUUUGUAUAAAUUAUUGCUAAUUGGCUGUGCCGGGGGUGGGGACGGUGCUUUUGGGCCCCACUCGCUGCUUCUGUUCCAUAUUGUUGUGGUUCUUUGACACUCGCCAUUUUUCGGUAUAUAAUAAAGUGAGAGCGUGAGCUGGAA